ACCCUCUUAGAUGAUCCCUUGUACAUCGGCUUAAAGCACAAAAGAGUGAGGGGCAAAGCAUACGAUGACCUCAUUGAUGAGUUCAUGCAAGCUGUCACCGACAAGUAUUUUAAAGGGCAUGUAUGUGUAUCACAGGGAAGGGGCAUAUUUGCCAGCGGAAGCCCUUUUAAAAAGGUCACUUUGGCAGAUGGGCGCAGCUUCUACCCUGGCCAGGGAAACAACGCUUAUGUGUUUCCCGGAGUAGCAUUGGGAGUCAUCGCCUGUGGUGUUCGUCACAUCUCAGAUGACAUUUUCCUUACUACAGCAGAGGCGAUUUCUGACAUGGUUACUGAGGAGCAUCUGGCUGAGGGCAGACUGUACCCUCCUCUGAAGACCAUCAGAGAAGUGUCCUUCAAAAUUGCUGUUAAGAUUGUGGACCAUGCCUACAAACAGGGCAUUGCCUCCUGGUACCCUGAACCCAAAGAUAAAGAGGCCUUUGUUUUAUCCCAAGUCUAUAGCUCUGACUACGACUCCUUCACUCUGGAUCCAUACAGCUGGCCCAAGGAUGCCAUGAAAGUUCAGAACGUGUAGAUUAUUCAUCCACAGCCCACUAAAAAGGAUAUGCUCAUAUCAGUCACAUGCCUUAUUUCUCAGUUCAUAAUCAUCUGACAAUAUACACUCCAGCUCCAGGCCACCCAAUCCUUAAACAGUAGCUGCUCCCACUGAUUUGACACAAGAUGAGCUGUAUCCGCUGAGGGCUAACAGCGAUAAAAAUGUGCAGUGUUCAUUCAAGCUCAAAUUGUCUUCAGAACAGUGGUUCAGUUCAAAAGGAAAAAUGCAGCUACGUUUAAAGCAGUAACAAGCACUUUCCCAAUUAACCAGGCUACUGAAUUAGUGAUCUUCUCCGGUUUAUUAGUUCUAAGUUAGCAUUCUGUAAGUAAUUUCUUUUAUCUCUAACUAGUUAUCCACUCCAAAUAUUUAGUGUUCCUGGAAAUGCAAAUAUCAAUGUAGGGAGAAACUAUUUUUGUACAGCGAAAUAACUUGGACUGCCUGGGUCAAAUGUUUGUAUGAAAAGGGAUUUUCAUUAGGUAGGUAGGUAAAGUAGGUGACUGCAGUGUGAAUUGACUCCUUUUGCAAGUUCAAUUUGUUUUUUGUUUUUUACAAGUUGUCUAUGCCAAAGUUUAUCUAAUUUUAAAUGAAUUAUUGUCAUGUAUCAAUGAAUACUGGAAAUUGUUAGCUUGAGUAUAUCAGUUUAUUUAAGUGUCCACCUGAAAAGCAAGCUAUAUAUGUGUUCAUUGCAGCAUGUGGAAUUGUUUUUAACAUUUCUCCUCAUUUAGAAAUAUGCUUUUGCUUAUUAGUAACGCACAACUAUGGAAUUAUAUUUUCAGAUAUUCAAGGAGAUUUUGAAGGGACAGUGACUUUUAAAUAAACACUUAAAAAAAUAAAUGGGUUUUACGUUUAUUUAAUGAGAGUGAGCUGCUAUC